AUCCCUCAGUUCGUCCCUACUUAAAAUCUCGAAGCCUUCGCCACGCACAGAGCAGCAGGCCAGCAGCAACACACUCGAGCGCUGAAGCAAGCAAACAGGCAAAGCAAGAAACGAGUCGAGAGCGCGCGCGAGAGCCGAGAGCUCAGGCUCAAGCACGGGGCAGCAAUGGCGAUUGUGGGCCAGGAGUACUGCGACCCCGAGGAGCGGGUGCUGACGGUGCGCAAGACGUCGCACUUCUCCCCCGGCGACGGCUUCGCGGCCUACGACCACCGCACGGGCGGCCUCACCUUCCGCGUCGACACCUACGGCCGCGGUCAGGGCGGGGGCGCGGCCUCGGCGGGCGACCUCGCGCUCCUUGGCCCCGCGGGGGAGCCCAUCCUCACCGUGCGCCGCCGCCGCCCGUCCCUGCACCAGCGAUGGGAGGGCUUCCUCGGCGCCCGCGCCGAUGGCGAGAAACCGCUCUUCUCCGCGCGCCGCUCAUCCUUCCUCGGCGGCUCCGCGGCCGGCGCCGUCAUCGAGCUCCUCUCCCCGGUCCCCUCCUCUGCUGCCCCGGUUCUGCUCCGCGUCGACGGCUCCUUCCCGCGGCGGUGCUGCCGCGUUGUGGCGCCCAGGGGCGAAGGGGAGAAGGAUGCGGUGGUGGCGGAGAUCAGGAGGAAGGUGGACGAGGCGGCGCGGGUGGUGAUGGGCAUGGACGUGUUCGUGCUAAGGGUGAGCGCGGGGUUCGACGCGGCGUUCGCCAUGGGGAUCGUCCUCGUGCUUGACCAGAUCGCCGGGGACGAUGCAGGCGUCGACACCGGAGCGGACAUCAUCGACGCCAAGAUUUGAUGACGGGGCUGUUCGUUUCUUGGUUUAGCUUUCCUGUGUAGAGUUAGUAAUCUUUUUUUUUUCUGUGUGUUGGUGUACGUGCUUGGCUCCGGAGAAAUGGCAACGCAAACGUGUUCGAUUUACUUUGAAAGUAUUUUUUAAUUAGCAGUAGCAUACUAUUACUAUCACUAAUACAGAAAAAUGCAAAAGUACUCUACGUACCACGGCAAAGCGAGACAGAAAUCUGGGAGUCUUGUUCAUAAAAUUUUGCAUCGAUAUCAUUCGUAAAAAAAUUGCAUCGAUAUUUUCUUUUGAUCGAUCA